AUGUCGGGUUUGGACAUGUUUUCCAACGCUGUGAGCUCGUUGCUGUCGGUCUUCGGCGACGGCGACCCGAGACACGCUCGGUUACAGGCGCUGAUAAUGGAGGUGCAACACAUGGAGGAGACUGUGUCCGUGGUCGACUUCCCACAGUACUUUGAAGCACUGAGGGAACUGAAAGACCUGCUGCUUGAGGAGCUGAAUGAUGUAUACGGCGUGCUGCGCCGCCAAAAUGUGGAAAACGAGCGCCUGUCAAUAAUGGUUACAGAAAAGAACAAAGCUGUGGAGCUGAUGGCAGAUGCAAAUGUUGAGGAGAAGGAGGAGUUGAUUCAGUUGAGGCUGAAGGUGAAGAGGUUGGAGACAGAGCAGGGUACUGCACUGGACAGAGAGCUGAAAUUGAGGAAGGUGAUUGCCACCCUGCGGAAGGGGCACAAUGGCAGCAACGGCCUGCAGCCCAAGGGUGACGCACCUAAGACCAUGGCUGGGGAAGUCCAAUGA